UGUAAAAAGUGUAUACGAGUGUUUAACUUAUUCCAAAGUAAUGGAUAGUAUACAAUUACGUAUUUACGUAUCCAAAGUAAUGGAUAGUAUAUAAAUACGUAUUCUAAUGUGCAAAUAUUGUAUACUAGUAUUUAACUUAUUUCAAAGUAAUGGAUAGUAUAAAAAUACGUAUACUAAUGUGCAAAUAGUGUAUACUAGUAUUUAACUUAUUCCAAAAUAAUGGAUAGUAUAUAAUUAUGUAUUUUAAAUUGACUUAUUCACACGAUUUUGUUUUACUUUAUCAGUUCAGUUUAAGUUACGUAUAUGGUGAAUGUAUUUUACUGAAAUGCGUUAAUGUGCAAACAGUGUAUACGAGUGUUUAACUUAUUCCAAAGGAGACGUAAUAAAUUCAAUAAUAAACAAUUAAUCAAUUUGCUGUGUGUCAAUACAGUAGUGGCUGGAUAUAAAAUGGGCUGUACACAAUCAACGCCUAGCAGAACCCGUCAACGUCGCCGAGGGCGUGCAAAACACAAAUUACCGCUUCCGCUGGAAUCCAAGGAAAUAGCGUACCAGAAGUCGGCUGCCCCACCACUUGAGGCAGCGACAUUCUUUGCGCGGCGAGACCAGUUUCAGGCACCGGAAAGUAACUACAAAUCGGAGCAUAUUGACCAAGUGACAGAAAUUCCCAUCACGGUAGUCAGCCAUAUUGCCAGCAAGCAGGCGACGUACACAGGUAUCUACAACGUGCGCGUCCACCAUGCUGACGCCAAGGAAUGCCGAAUACGAGGGGCCGAAUUCCUGCCAACCGGAAAUCUUCUGCUAGUGGACUCAGUUAAUCACAAACUCAAACUCUUAAGUUCAACUUUCCAGUACCUUGCACAUUUUGUUUUCAAUGGUUGUCCUCAUGACUUGUGUCUACAUUCCUCUAACCGUGACGGAAGUGAUGUGUACGUCACAGUUCCGAGUGAUCGAUGCGUGCACGAGUUUUACGUGGAAGACAGGUUCAUUAUGCCCGGACGGAAGUUUUUCACGGAUGGUUGGUGCUACGGUAUCGCGGCAUACAAACAGGGCUUAGUUGUAAGUGUUGGUACCAAGGUUGAGUUCAUCGAUACAGACGGCACAGUGCUCAAGGUCCUCCAAUACUCUACAUCCGGGAUGUCGCUGUUCGGGUCCCCUUUCAAUAUCGCAGUUACAGGGGCGCAAAACAUCAUUAUAGCCGACUCCAUUAAAAACUUCGUCACAUGCAUCACGCCGGACGGGAAUGAAAUAUUUAGAUACAAGGCAAUUGGGAUACCACAUUAUGUAAUGGUAGACGGGGACGACAAUUUAUAUAUAUGUGGGAAUGAGAAAGGUGCUAUUGAUGUUCUCCACCAGGUGACGGUUAGAGGAGAAAAAGUAAAGAGUUUGUUGUCAUGGAGACAUGUAGGUUUUACGCCUCACUCCAUCGCGUACCGGGAGAAAGAUCAACUAUUGGUUGUUUGCGGGGAGAAUGAUCGCAUCAAGACUUUCAGACUGGAGACCCGGCGAUCGGGAAAGAGUUACAUGAACGACGCUAUUAUGGACUCCGAGCGGAUCCAAACAGAACGUAGCACGCGAGAAGUUCAGGAAAUGAUGCGCAGGAUACUUGAUAGAUAGCUUUUCCCUUUAAAACAGAACAUUGUACCAACUAACUUAUCCAUAAUACCAAAUGUACGGCAUAUGUGUUUAAUUUGGAUUCAUUAUCUGAAUAUGGCGAUUAUAUUUGAUAUUCUAACGAACUUUUGUGAAUUUCAACUCUGAAUGGUUGACAAAAUUCAUUUUCGGAUUGUAUAAAAAGGUUUUUAAUACCGACAUAGAA